UUUACUCAUUUUAAGGCUAACUUCUCUCCCUGCUCCGCCGUCUGUUCCCCGGAAAUUUAUCUCUCCACCGUUGCUUCGCCAUCCACUCGCUCACUCCUUCCGCUCUCAACUGCAGCAAUACUGCAAUCCGCCGGACGACGUACUACUUCCAUCGGAAGUUGACAAAGGAAGCAGAAGAUGGAGAGCAAAUUCUGUGAUUCAUUCCGCUAAAGCUAGGUUUUGAAUCGGACUUCAAAUCGAACUAUUUAAAAUGGAGCUCCCUUGUGAGGCUGAAGUCCCUCCUAUACUGCAACUAAAGAAAUGGGACCCCUCUGAAUACCAACUUGUACUUUCAAAGUUCCGUGAAGGUUUUUUAUCUCCAACAAGGGAGAUUUUGCUAUUGCUCUCAUAUCAUUACGAAGCUCUACUGCUUCCUCUGGCCAGAGAUAAAAGUAUCAAGUAUCCAGAAAAUUGUAAUUAUGGAAACUCCGAGGAUUCAACUUCUCUGACAUCAAGGAUGCCGACAUUUGCAGUGCCUUGUUCAGCAGAGCUGGGGGAUGAUAUUCCAAGCACUUCUAAGUCAAUUGAAAUGGAUGGUAUUCAUACCCUGGAAAGUGAUACUAGAAAGUCUAACAAAUACCCUUUCAUCCACGAUGUAAACUCCCUGACCUGGGGUAUAUGUGAAGACUCUUAUAGUCAGUAUGAAGACAAACCUUUUAGAGAGCUCCUAUUUGUAGUUGGCAAUCAUGGGGUAACAGUCCAUGCAUUUAGUCAAUCUUGUACAUAUGAAGAAGAAAUGGGAUCCACAUCAGAAAAUGAUACUGGACAAGGAUCAUGGGUGGAGUGGGGACCUGGAUCUCCAGCAACUUUAUCUCAGGAGUUGGAUGGACAGCAAGAGUCUGGCUGGCAUUAUGAUGAUUCCUUCGAUGUUUUUGACAUAAGCAGCAAUAUUGCAGCAGAGGGAGGACCAUAUAGCAUGUGUACAGAAGUAACAAAUGAUUUGCCAUUUGAGAAUAUUUCUGAAAAAAGAUGGCUGCGUACAUUGCUAACAAAAGUUGAAACAUUAAAGUCUGAUGAAGUAGUAUAUACUAGAUUCCCAGACAAUUCAUUAUUUGAUCCCUCUGCUAUGGCGGUCUCUUUUCGCCUUUUUCAUAAUGAUUCACUGCUUUUGGAUUUUCUAUCUCAUGGCUGUUCUUCAUCACAGGAAAAAGACAGUACCAAUUUGUCAAUUUUAGAUCCUCAGAACAGCACAUCUGCAGAUUCCAUGCCCAUCACUGUAGGUUGUUACAGAUGUUUGAGAGUCUUCUCUAAUGGUUCACAAUGCUUAAUUGGGUUUGCCUUGACACUGACCGAAUUUGUGCCUCAGACAAAUGAAAGAAAAAACAGUAAAAUUUUAGUUGCUGUGGCAAAGCUACUCAGUUGGGGAUUAAAGUGGGUUUUUACAGUGGCACUAGAUGAAAAUGUUGAGAGGCAUGCAGCUGCUGAGUGGACAGACUUUAGGUUUUCCUGUGCUCUUCUUAUUUGUCUUAAUGCCUCUGGCUUAAUAUAUUUUUAUGAUGCAAAAAAUGGUUUGUAUGUGGCCUGUCUAGAUCUUUUACAUAUUUGUGGAGAUUUAUCUGUGAAGAUUGAUGGGAAUUGUGUUGAAGACAAGGAUUAUAUUCAGCUACCUAAUAAGGCCGGUAAUCGUGUUUGUCAAAGCAGGUUUGAAAGGCUUUUUGUCAUGUUGAAUGCCUUAACUUUAGUCGUGAUUGAUAAACAUGGUGUUAGUUAUGUAAUACAAGCUUCUGAUUAUAUCCCAAGGAAGUAUCACCAACUUGAGAACUUGCUUCCAUAUUAUGAAGAUAUUGGACUUGGACCACUGGCAGCAUGGGAUGUAGGUGCUGCUGACAUUGGCUACCAGAGGGAUAUUUCAGGUGAAGGGAAUACUGUUACUAAAAAGUCUUCUUUUACUAGCAGUGCACGGAAUAAGGGUGUUAAGAGAAGCCCAGAAAGUAAUUUUAAGGAGCCAAUUGUAAAAAAUUGGUGUGAGUUUCUUGGCUGUAAGCUACCAUCGGGCCUUAUGAGAAAAUUUUUCCUUCCUAUUUAUAAGUUUCAUGAAGAUGAUGUUAUUUGCUUGUCACCUUUUGGAAUAACUCGGCUUCUUAAAGGACGGAACUCUCAAGAUAAAAGCAAAUGCCGACUUGUUCAUUCUAGUUUGCAUGUAGAUUUAUCUCUGAAUGAUGACAACAGCUACAAUGUCCAAGGUUGUGAGGCUAUUGUGAAUGAAGCAAUUGGUUGCACUUUUCAAGGUUGUUUGUAUUUGGUGACAGAAAAUGGUAUUUCUGUAGUCCUCCCUUCUCUUUCAAUUUCUUCAAAUUUCUAUCCUAUAGAAGCUAUUGGAUAUCGUCAAUCAGGCUAUCUUUAUGGUCUUGAGUGUGAUUUCGAUAUAUUUGCAAAAAUUGAAAGAGUUAAAAAGCCUUUGUCAUCAUGGAAAGUAGAGAUUUUGGAUAAAGUUCUUUUGUAUGAAGGUCUUGAACAGGCAGAUCAGCUAUGUUUGGCAAAUGGAUGGGAUUUGAGUCUUUCCCGGAUUCGGUGCUUGCAACUUGCUUUGGAUUACCUCAAAUUUGAGGAGAUUGAGAAUUCUCUGGAGAUGCUUGAGGGUGCCAAUUUAGCUGAAGAGGGCAUCAUGAGAUUGCUCUUUGCUUCUGUUUAUCUGAUGUUCCACAAAGUUGGCAAUGACAGUGAGGUUUCUGCUGCAUCAAGGCUGCUUGCUUUAGCCACUGGUUUUGCAACCAAGAUGAUACGCACAUAUGGUUUAUCAUUGCAUAAAAGAGAUAAUCCGAAGUCAUGGAAUGAUCAAAAUGCCCUAGCCACUCUCCACAUGUUGGAGCAGAUAGAUAUGAAGUCUGAAAAGAUGGAAAAUUCAAGAAAAAUACAGAAGAUGGCUCAUUUCCUGGAAAUAAUUCGAAGUUUGCAGUGGCAGCUAAAUUCUAAAUUCAAAAGGCCAGGCCAAGGAUUGGCGGAUCGUGAUGGCUUAUUAAGUGAUAUGGAGUUUUCAUUGGAAGACUCAAAGAUUCUUGAUCUUUCUAGAGAUGUCUUACCGUUUGAUUCCUCUAACCAAAGAGAAUCUGCAGUGCCUGCAGUUGAAUUGGAGUCAACUAAUGAUGAAAAUCUUGCUUUGAUGCCAGUGGAUAGCUUGGACUCCAAAACACAUUUAGCUUUAGAGAAUCCAAAAGACAUGAUUGCUCGAUGGGAAUCGGACAAUUUGGAUUUAAAAACAAUUGUAAAAGAUGCUUUACUUUCUGGCCGUCUUCCUUUGGCAGUUCUUAAGUUGCAUCUUCAUCGUUUACAAGACUUACCAGAGCAGGAAAAUCAUGACACUUUUAGUGAAGUUCGUGAAGUUGGAAAAGCAAUAGCUUAUGAUUUAUUUUUGAAGGGUGAAACUGGAAUUGCCGUUGCAACACUGCAAAAGCUUGGGGAAGACAUUGAAACCAGUCUUAAACAGUUGGCUUUUGGCACUGUUAGGAGAUCUCUUCGGCUACAAAUUGUUGACCUUAUGAAAAGAUAUGGAUAUCUUGGACCACAUGAGUGGAAGACUUUAGAGAUGAUUGCACUUAUUGAGAGGGUGUAUCCUUGCAGGAGUUUCUUAGGUACGUUUUGUAGCCGACAGCAAAAGAUAAAUGGGGAAUUCAAUGGAGAUGUGCCAAAAGAAAUUAACUUGCAAAUAUUGCAUCCGCUGGCUAGAGAUCUUGUCAUUGUAUGUGGUGAGCUUGAUGGAGUUGUGUUGGGUCCAUGGACAAAUAUCGCUAAAUACACAAGUCAUUCUGAAACUGAUGAUGAUAGUACUCACACAAGUUAUUGGACAGCUGCUGCAGUAUGGUCUGGUGCCUGGGAUCAGAGAAUUGUUGAUUGUAUAGUACUUGAUCAACAAUUCCUUCUGGGGGUUAAUGUAUUGUGGGAAUCCCAACUCGAGUACCACAUACGCCACAAUGACUGGUUGCAAGUUUCAGGAGUUCUGGAGGUUAUUCCAUCUUAUGCAUUGUCCCAUGGAAACCUGGCCGUCAAUUUAGAGAGUUCACGUUCUGCACCAGUUGUUGAAUAUCCUCAUGAGCCAGAGGCCCCAGAUUCUGGCAAUUAUGCAUAUUUCCUUGAAGAACUGGAUUCUGUGUGUCUGAAUGUACCAGAUGUCCAAAUUGUAAGGUUUCCUGCACACAUCAUUUGCUCUAUGUGGUUGCGAGUGCUUAUGGAACAGCAACUUGCUAAGGAAUAUAUUUUUCUUAAGGAUUAUUGGGGUUCUCUGGAAGAGAUGGUAAAUUUACUAGCUCGCUCAGGUUUCAUUAUUGACACACAUGAUUCUACAGUGCUAGAGGAGGGAUCCUUUGAGAAGUUUCCAGAUUCAUUGCUGUCUAUAAAUGAUUCAAGAAGCCAGUCAAAUACCACCCAAGCCUUACACAAACUCAUCGUUUACUACUGUGCUCAACAUAACUUGCCGAACUUCUUGGAUCUUUACCUUGACCACCACAAGUUGGGUUUGGAUGAUGAAGCACUUUCCUUGUUAGAAAAUGCAGCAGGAGAUAAUCAAUGGGUGAGGUGGUUGUUGCUACAAAGAGUUAAAGGAAAAGAGUUUGAAGCAUCAUUCUCUAAUGCCUGUGCAGUUGCAUCACGCGGUGUAGCUCCUGGUAACAAUCUAACUGUCAUGGAAGUACAAGACAUUAUACAUACUGUUGAUGACAUUGCAGAAGGAGGCUGGGAAAUGGCAGCUUUAGCUACAUUAAUGUAUUCUCCAAUACCAAUUCAAGAUUGUCUGAGCAGUGGAAGUGUUAGCAGGCACCAUAACUCUGCUCAGUGCACAUUAGAAAAUCUGAGGCCAGCCCUCCAGUGCUUCCCUACUUUGUGGCGUGCACUUAUAGCAGCAUGCUUUGGGCAAGACCCAACUUGCAGUGUUCAGGGCUCUAGGCUCAAAUUCUUUGCGUGUUCGGAUUUAUUAGACUAUUUGACUUGGCGUGAGGAUGUCUUCUUCUCUUCAGGACGUGAUGCAUCACUUCUACAGAUGCUUCCAUGCUGGUUCCCUAAGGCUGUUCGAAGAUUAAUUCAGCUUUAUAUCCAGGGCCCACUUGGUUGGCAAUCAUUUGCGGACUUGCCCAUGUAUGAAACGUUUCUGCCCAGGGAUGUUGAUCAUGCUGCUAUUAGUCCCAUGUCCUGGGAAAUUGCCAUUCAGAAACACAUUGAGGAGGAACUGUAUGAUUCUUCAUUGAAGAAGGAAUCUGGACAUGGGAUUGAACACCAUUUGCAUCGUGGACGGGCGUUGGCUGCUCUUAAUAAUCUGCUUGCUGUGAGAGCUCAGAAGUUGAAAUCUGAAAGUCCACAGAGAGGGCGGCCUGGAUCAUCGCAUGCCCACAGUCAAACCAUCAUCCAGUCAGAUAUGCAGACACUUCUUGGACCCAUAACUGAGACAGAACAGCUUCUUCUCUCAUCUGUCAUUCCCCUUGCUAUUCUGCAUUUUAAGGAUUCUGUGUUGGUGGCUUCUUGUGCAUUUCUAUUAGAGUUAUGUGGUCUCCCUGCUGCUACCAUCCAAAUUGAUGUUGCAGCUUUGAGAAGGAUAUCUUCCUUUCACAAAUCUGGAGAUUAUGCCGAUCACUACAGACAACUUAAUACUCGGAGUUCUUCAUUUCAUUCUACUAUUGAUGGUGACAUAAGUGAAUCUCUUGCCCGGGCUCUGGCGGAUUAUUAUCGUCACCAUGAUUGUCUUGGAUGUGGUAGUCAAAAAGACAACCAGAGUAGCAUCACUAGCAGACACCAAUCUCAAGCUCUCAUGCUUGUUCUGCAACACUUGGAAAAAGCUAGUCUUCCUUUAGUUACAGAAGGAGUGACCUGUGGAUCCUGGUUAAUGACUGGUAAUGGUGAUGGGGUCGAAUUGAGGUCCCAGCAAAAAGCUGUAAGCCAGCGUUGGAAUUUAGUAAUAGCUUUUUGUCAUGCGCAUCACAUCCCUCUGAGCACUAAAUACCUUGCAGUAUUAGCAAAGGACAAUGAUUGGGUUGGAUUUCUAUCAGAAGCUCAGAUUGGGGGUUAUCCUUCCGAGACUGUAAUCCAUGUUGCAUCUGAAGAGUUCAGUAAUCCACGUCUUAAAACACAUAUAUUGACAGUUCUAAGAAGUAUGCAGGCAAGAAAAAAAGUUAGCUCCACGUCAAGCUUAGAUACAGCCGAAAAAGAGGGCAAAACUUCUUUCUCAAAAGAAAACGUAUAUGCACCAACUGAACUAUUUGGAAUUAUAGCAGAUUGUGAGAAUCAGAAAAGUCCAGGACAGGUUCUUCUCCAAAAAGCAAAGAAUUUGUGUUGGUCACUGUUGGCCAUAAUUGCAUCUUGUUUUCCUGAUGUUUCUCCUUUGUCUUGUCUUACGGUUUGGCUGGAAAUUACUGCAGCAAGGGAAACUUCAGCCAUCAAGGUUAAUAACAUUGCUUCCCAGAUUGCAAAUAAUGUUGGUGCAGCAGUGGAAGCAACUAAUUCCCUUCCAGCAAGUGCUAGAGCCCCUACAGUUCAUUAUAACCGAAGAAAUUCAAAACGUAGGCGGCUCAUGGAUCCCAUGUCUAUAGAUUCUUUGACUUUUAGAGCACCUGAAGUAUCUUCACCCUCUAGCAGUGUGAGUGUUAGAGGUAUUAUAACUGAAGAUGCAAUGGACAAACAAGUAGCUCAAGAUGAGAAAGUUUCAAUUGAUUCUACUGAAGUAUUUGCUUCUUUAUCAAGAAUGGUAGCAGUUCUUUGUGAAAAAAAUUUGUUCCUCCCUCUCCUAAGGGCUUUUGAAAUGUUUCUUCCUUCAUGUUCUCUCUUACCCUUUAUCCGUGCUCUUCAGGCCUUCUCGCAAAUGCGCCUGUCUGAAGCUUCAGCGCACCUGGGGUCCUUUUCUGCCAGAAUUAAGGAAGAACCUCAUGCACAAGCAAAUAUGUGGAAAGAAGGGCAAGCUGGGAGGUCUUGGAUAUGCUCUACAGCUGUCAAAGCUGCUGAUGCAAUGCUCUUAAAAUGUGCUUCACCUUAUGAAAAAAGAUGUUUACUGCAGCUCCUUGCUGCAACUGAAUUUGGUGAUGGGGGGUCUGCUGCAGCUUCAUAUCGGCGGCUUUUUUGGAAAAUAAAUUUGGCAGAACCUUCAUUACAAAAGGAUGACAGCCUACACCUAGCAAACGAGUCUUUGGAUGAUGCUUCACUAUUAGUUGCAUUGGAAAAGCAUGGUUAUUGGGAACAUGCACGGAAUUGGGCAAGACAGUUAGAGACCAGUGUUGGAUCUUGGAAAUCUGCGGUGCAUCAUGUGACUGAAAUGCAGGCUGAGUCCAUGGUUGCAGAGUGGAAAGAGUUUCUUUGGGACGUCCAAGAAGAAAGAGUUGCUUUGUGGGGCCACUGCCAGACACUAUUUAUUAGAAAUUCUUUUCCACCUUUACAGGCAGGACUAUUCUUUCUUAAGCAUGCUGAGGAAGCAGAGAAAGAUCUCCCAACCAGAGAGCUUCAUGAACUGUUAUUGCUUUCUUUGCAAUGGCUGAGUGGAAUGAUAACUCAAUCUAACCCAGUUUAUCCAUUGAACCUCCUAAGAGAGAUUGAAACAAGAGCAUGGCUUCUGGCUGUUGAAUCAGAAAGUCAAGUGAAAAGUGAAGGAGAGAUCACCUCAAAAAGUUGCAACCGGGAAAUUACAACUAGCAAGAGCUCUAAUAUUGUUGAGCACACUGCAAAUAUUAUAACAAAAAUGGAUAAUCACAUAAACCAUUUGAGGAGCAAAAUUGUGGAGAGGACUGAUGCAAGAGAAAUUAACCUCACACAACUGCGGACUCCUCAAGUUCUGGAUUCUACUUCUUCAGGUGCUAAAGCUAAACGCAGAACCAAAAGCUUUGUUCCAUCAAGGAAGCCUUCUGUUGAUGCAUUGGAGAAAGGCAGUGAAUCUGAAGGCUUAUUUCAAUUCAACAAUCUGAAAGAUGAUACACAGCUAGUAGAUGAGAACUUUAAAGUAGAAUCUUUCUCCAGAUGGCAGGAAAGAGUGGAACCUCUUGAGCUAGAAAGGGCCAUACUUUCACUACUGGAAUUUGGACAAAUAACAGCUGCUAGACAGCUCCAACAGAAAUUGUCUCCAGACAACAUGCCAUCUGAAUUCACAAUUGUGGAUACUGCUCUUAAGCUUGCUGCUUUCUCUACUCCAAACCAAAAUGUGUUAACAUCAGUGUUAGAUGAUGGAGUGCGAUUCAUUAUGCAUUCAUACAAUCUUCUUCAUGAUCAGCACAUUAUUGACCCCCUGCAGGUAUUGGAGAGUUUAGCAGUUGUCCCUGCAGAAGGCAGGGGACGAGGACUCUGCAGGAGAGUGAUAGCAGUCGUGAAGUCGGCAAAUGUGUUGGGCCUUUCGUUUUCAGAGGCAUUUGAUAAGCAACCAAUUGAAAUUUUACAAUUGCUUGCUCUCAAAGCACAAGAUUCAUUUGAAGAAGCAGAUCUCUUGGUGCAAACUCAUCCUAUGCCAGCAGCUAGCAUUGCUCAAAUUCUUGCUGAAUCUUUUCUGAAGGGAUUGCUAGCAGCACAUCGUGGGGGAUAUAUGGAUUCUCAAAAGGAGGAAGGACCUGCCCCUUUGUUGUGGAGAUUUUCAGAUUUCUUGAAGUGGGCUGAGCUUUGCCCUUCCGAACCAGAAGUAGGCCAUGCUUUAAUGCGCUUAGUGAUCACUGGGCAAGAAAUACCGCAUGCCUGUGAGGUGGAGCUUCUUAUUCUGUCCCACCAUUUCUACAAGUCAUCUGCAUGCCUUGAUGGAGUCGAUGUUCUUGUAGCUCUUGCAGCAACCAGGGUGGAAGCUUAUGUUUCUGAAGGCGAUUUUCCGUGUUUGGCUCGAUUGAUAACUGGAGUGGGGAAUUUUUAUUCACUUAAUUUUAUUCUCGGAAUUCUUAUUGAAAAUGGGCAGCUGGAUCUUCUUCUCCAAAAGUUUUCAGCUGCUGUGGAUGCAAAUGCUGGUUUUGCAGAGGCUGUUAGAGGAUUUAGAAUGGCAGUUCUGACGUCACUCAAGCAAUUUAAUCCUGAUGAUCUUGAUGCAUUUGCCAUGGUUUAUAAUCACUUUGAUAUGAAGCAUGAAACUGCAUCUCUUUUGAUGUCUCGGGCAGAACAUUCAUCUCAGCAAUGGUUUUUCCGUUAUGACAAGGAUCAGACUGAUGAUCUCCUAGCAUCCAUGCGAUAUUACAUUGAAGCUGCUGAAGUUUACUCUUCCAUUGAUGCUGGCAAUAAAACAUGUGGAGCCUGUGCUCAGGCAUCACUAUUGUCCCUUCAAAUUCGAAUGCCAGAUUUGCAUUGGCUUAGUCUAUCUGAAACUAAUGCACGGCGAGUUCUGGUUGAGCAAUCCCGUUUCCUGGAGGCUCUAAUUGUUGCUGAAGCUUAUAAUCUUAACCAGCCAGGCGAAUGGGCCCUGGUACUUUGGAAUCAAAUGCUUAGACCAGAGCUUGUUGAACAGUUUAUUGCUGAAUUUGUGGCUGUACUCCCUCUCCAACCCUCAAUGCUCCUUGAACUUGCAAGAUUUUAUAGAGCUGAGGUGGCUGCCAGAGGGGAUCAGUCCCAGUUCUCCGUAUGGUUGAUGACCGGGGGAGGACUUCCAGCCGAAUGGGCAAAAUACCUAGGGAGAUCAUUUAGAUGUUUGUUGAAAAGAACGAGGGAUCUAAGAUUGCAGCUACAGCUGGCCAGCAUUGCUACUGGGUUUGUUGAUGUGAUUGAUGGGUGCAAUAGAGCAUUGGAUAAGGUCCCUGAAAAUGCUGGGCCUCUUGUCCUGAGGAAAGGGCAUGGAGGGGGAUACCUCCCUCUCAUGUGAAAAUCGGACACAACACUACUUCUAUUAUAUAUAUAUAUAUAUAUAUAUAUAUAUACUUUUGAGUUUUGACUGUUGCUCAAAAACCACCUCGCUGCCGCUGCUACCAUACUGACAAGUCCCAGUCUGCUAUUAGCGGCACAGAGUACAGCUGUAAAUUAUUUUGGUUUUGAACUUUUGCCUCUAAAUAUAUAAGCAAGCUUAGUGGAAGGAAGCAGUAUGAAUCUUGAAGAAUAUACCUAUAUAUAUAGUUAGGUCUGGCGAGUGGGAGCUCUGUGAAAAUUGAUGAUUUUGGCAUAUCAUUUUUCAUUUUUGUUUUCCCAAAAUUCAUUCAAAUUGAGGCCAACAGGACUUUUGUAAGGAAAUGUUUUAUAGAUUAGUGAGAGAUGUACAAUACAUAAUUCUUUUCUCAACGAUCCCUUUUGGUUUUCUCAUUCUGGAUCAUUUAUCAUUAGUGAGUGGAUUAACAGUUUCUGCUCUUUUUUUUUUUUUUAAUCUAACAGAAGGGCAGAGAUAAUGGUUCAGUGGAUCUUUUUGUA